AUGCCCUACACCUACACCAUAUCCUCUGCUUUGGUGUCCGCUGUCCAGGGCUCCUCCAGUGACCACGCCAGCACCACCACCCAGCAAGGCUCGACUGGCAGACGAACCCCUCCUCAGGGUCAUUCACAGCGUCAGCCCCCACGCAGGGCUGAAUACCGUGAUGAGAAGAGAGAAGAUCGCAUGAAGCACGACCUUCUUGGCUUUGGGUCCCAGUUCGAAACCAAGCAGUAA